AUGUGGUUUGGGAGGGGCCAAUGGUGGAUCGAUGGUGGUCUGAAGGACGAUGCGGAAAAAGGCGCCCAGACAAAUGGCCCCCACGACGCGGUCAGCGACGAAGAAAGUCUCUCCAGCAACGCUCAGGCAGGUGUCAAGGCCGUCCAAGCUGCAGCAUCAGUAUGGACAAAAUACCAUCUUAUCGGCGCCUAUGUUAUCAUCUGGUGGAUCUACUUCGUCACCGCCCUCCAAGAAGUCGUCGUCCGCGCCAUGAAUCCCUAUGUCACCAGUGCCUUCCGUCUACACUCUCUCACUGCUGCUACUGGGAUCAUGUCAUCCAUCAUCGGUGGGCUGUCCAAGAUUCCCUUGGCCAAGCUACUCGACAUGUGGGGUCGACCUCAGGGGCUCUUGCUCUCACUAUUUGUAUGGAUGGUUGGAUACAUCAUGAUGGCUUCGUGCCAGAAUGUAGAGACAUAUGCUGCGGCGCAAGUAUUCUCGUCUACAGGAUCUCAAGCAGUAUCGUACAUCCUUACCGUCUUCAUCGCCGAUACCUCGACCCUCAAGAAUCGCGCCCUCAUGCUCUCCUUCGCAACCUCGCCCUACGUAAUCACAACUUGGAUCGGCGGUCCUGUCGCUCAAUCCGUUCUCGCUGGCCCCGGCUGGCGCUGGGCGUUUGGCAUCUUCACAAUCGUCAUCCCCGUCGUCGUCGUUCCUCUUGCAGCCUUGGUUCUCUUCAACGAUCGCAAAGCCCGUAAACAAGGUCUACUCGAGCCACGCCGCAUUGACUGGAGCCCGGCAGCCAUCAAGAAGUUCUGCAUCGAUAUUGAUGCCGUGGGAAUACUGAUUUUGGUAGCAGGCAUGGCGUUGUUCUUGCUACCAUUCAGUCUAUACAGCUACCAAGCGGAGAAGUGGAAGAGUCCCAUGAUCAUCGGUAUGAUCGUCGCUGGCUUCGUCCUUCUCAUCGCCUUUCCCAUCUGGGAAAGGUUCUUCGCGCCCGUUACGUUCAUCCCGUAUAAAUUGCUCCUGGAUCGAACCGUCUUCCUUGCCGGCGUCAUGUUCGUCUUUGUUUACUUCAACAGCGCGGUUUGGGGAUCAUACUUCGGCUCCAUGUUGCAAGUGGUUUGGAACCUCAACGUCACUACGGCCAGCUAUGUCCAGAGCAUCUACCGCGUUGUCUCCUGCUUCUGGUGCUUGGCAGCCGUGGGACCAGCAAUUAGGAUUACAGGAAGGUUCAAGUGGGUUGCUGUCUUCUUUGCACUGCCGAUUGAUAUCCUAGCGCUGGGACUAAUGAUCCACUUCCGUCAGCCUGGAACAUCAGUGGGGUACAUUGUCAUGACGCAGAUCUUCACGGCAGUGGCUGGAGGCACUAUCGUUAUCGCUGGCGAGCUGGCCAUGAUGGCGCCUUCGGAUCAUCAGCACAUGGCUGUCAUUAUCGCCGUUCUCAACCUCUUCUGCUCUAUUGGUAGCGCGGUUGGAAGUACUGUCUCCGCUGCUAUCUGGACUGGGACCUUUUACAACAAUCUUGUCAAGAACGUUCCGGCUGGUGUCAAUGUUGCGGACAUCUACGCUUCAUUACCGAACCAGCUAUCAUACAAGUGGGGAUCGCCGGAGAGGACUGGUAUCGCGCAGUCUUACGCCGACUCGCAGCGACUCAUGUUGAUCACGAGUAUUUGCAUGCUGUCAUGCGCUCUCAUUGCGGCUGCGUUCUGGCGCGAUAUCAACGUCAAGAACAUCAAGCAGGUCAAGGGACGCGUCGUCUGA